CGACAUUCCUCUCCCGAAGCGAUUUCAUCUCGUCCAAACCCUAUCAAUUUUCUUGAUCUUGAUCGAGAGAGAUAGAGGCGAAGAAGGGGAAGGGAGGAGGAGGAGGAGGAGGGAGGAGAUGGAGGGCUGGGAUCCGAGCACGAAGUCGGCUUUGACGCAGAUCCCGCUGCUGUCGACGCGGGCGGGCCCGCGAGACGGGGCGGCGUGGACGCAGCGGCUGAAGGAGGAGUACCGCGCCCUGAUCGCCUACACCACCAUGAACAAGUCCCACGACAACGACUGGUUCCGCAUCUCGGCCGCCAACCCCGAGGGCACCCGCUGGUCCGGCACCUGCUGGUACGUCCACAACCUCCGCCGUUACGAGUUCGCUCUCCAGUUCGACAUCCCCGUCACAUACCCCGCCACCGCCCCCGAGAUCGAGCUCCCCCAGCUCGACGGAAAGACCCACAAGAUGUACAGGGGAGGCAAGAUCUGCCUCACCGUUCACUUCAAGCCCCUUUGGGCCAAGAACUGUCCUAGGUUUGGAAUUGCGCAUGCCCUUUGCCUGGGCCUCGCGCCGUGGCUCGCCGCCGAGGUGCCGAUUCUUGUGGACUCCGGCGUGCUGAAGCACAAAGAUGACGAGUCCACCUCAGCCGAAUCUUGAUGCUGUCGAAGCAAGCCUCCUUUUGUUUUCGAAGCAGCAGCAGCAGCAGAAGAAUUCUCUCAUUUUUUUCUCUCUCCUGCCAUCAUCUUUGAACAACACCAACGUCCUAACCAAGCAAUUGAAUACCGACGACUAAUAAGUUGAAGUGAGCGAUGAAGACAUUGAGAAGUCCUUUGAGCAUCAACAUGUAUCAAGCAACAUCUUACACGCUGUUCUACUCGCUAACUCGAUCAUCUGUCGUCGAUGGGCUUUGAGACUGGUGUAUCAUUCUACUAGCUAAUUUGAUCAUCACCAUGCAUCACUAGUG